UACAGAAUAGUGUAGCAUCACUGUCCAAACUUUUAAUCACUUUUACUAUUUUGGCAGAUUUCUGUUUUGUCUCAAAUCAGAAUUCAGGGCAAGAAGUUAAAACCCAGGCUGCCAAAUACAGUUGGGCAGGUUCUAUACUGCACAAGAUGCUGCUUUUAAUGGCACACCAUUCACUGUAUAGACUCAUGUUGAUUGCGAUAAUUUUCUGACAUGAUAGAGUGUUAAGAAAGAGGUUUUUCUUUACCUUUUCCUAGAAAAAAAAUGCCUUCUCUCAUAGCAGGAGUCUCACGGAAACCACUCUAGGUACUUCAGGAAGAAAGGGAAGGAAGAUGAGUAUUCAUGGAGUCAUUGAAAGGAUGGUAGGAAUGGCAGUUUGGAUGGGAGAUGAGCUGAGUUCAACUUUGCAGCCCCUGAUUGAGCUGCAGUCUCUGGAGUUCAGGAAGAGGUCCCUGCUGCUGCUGCGGUGAGGGCCCGUGCUGACUUGAUCACACACAGGAGAUAGCAGCCAGGAGCCUCGGGCAGGUGGCUGAAUCAGUCUCCCUCCAGUGCUGCAGCUGCAGUGGAGGCUAGAAGAUGUGGUUUGUGGCUGGACAGUUACAUGCCCAGCUGAAGCUGGAUAAGAAGGGGAGAUUGAAUGGGGGACCUUCCUCAGCAGUCUGUCACAGAUCUGACUUGACAAUUUUUAAGUUGACUAAAUGUGUGUGUUUUAAAUAUAUAUAGCUCAAAACCCUUUCUCACACCAUAUAGAUAGCAAAAUGAGAUCCCUUGCCAGAAAUAGAAAAUUAACCACAGAAAUAAAUACAAUGAGGCACAGUGUUAAAUUCUCCCUGGAUGUCUUUUCCCGUGUCAAGGCUCUGAGCCCCAGCUUGCAUCUACUCUGCUCUCUCCAUUAAAGAAGAACGACAGUGUUGGAAACGCUGAAGAUUUACGGCACCACAUGCACACUUCCUCCUAGUAGGAUCUGAAAGAUGGAAGCGGGAGGGUGAUUGUCACCCUCACUACAUCAAGUUAUUGCAGACAGCACGUGGGAACAUGGUCUCUGGACAGUCCCCCCCAACUCCCACGAUAGACAACUGAUGUCCCCACUCUGAGCUUCGUUUCUUCCUGAGCUGUGCACCCCACCCCAGGUACUUAGCAAGCACUCAGUAAAUUCCCCAGAUAACUUGCCAAGUACCUAAUACACACCAAGUACUGUUAUGGCAUAGGAUACGCAGUAGUUAAUGAAACAGACAAGCUAAUUUCAGAUGCUGGGUUCUGAUAGGAAUAAAACUGACAUGAUGGGGUGAUGGGGUGGUGGAGCUGGGGAGCAGUAACGGGUGAUCAAGGCAAGCCUCUCUGGGAGGUGACAUGAAUAGAGCUAUUUGAUGCUUGCCUGGUACUUGGUGCUGGGUCUUGCGUGUGUGGAGAUGGCUUAGGCCCAGUCUUUGACCAGGAGGAAUCCUUCCCCACCCCAAGCCUAUGUUUGUCCAUUUUCUUCCCCUAAAACUAAAGUUUGGACUUGCUGGCUAGAGGUGAGAAUACCUGAGGAACGAGAUGGGUCUUCAUAGGAGACUUGAGUUCACAUCCUCUGCCACUCUUUGAUUCUGACCUUGGGCUGCUGACAGCUCCAAGCCCAGUAGUGAUGGGUAUGGGCCUGCAGCCAGAUCUAGCCUCUCCACUUACACUAACCCUGGACAGGUUCCUUAAGGCUCUGUGCUUCCAUUUCUACCUAAAAUGGGAUUAUGACGGUCCCCCUUCAAGUUGGUGCAGGCUAUGUACUUGAGCUAAUUAAAAAUAUGCAUGGUGAAUUCUUUACUAAAUAACUAGUAUCCCAGAUGAGAAAGGUGAGGCUCUGAGAGUAGUUUAGUGCAGUCAGGAAGUGGUUUCUGAGAAGAAAUAGUGAUCGUGGUUGGACAUCGCCUAGCCUAAGGCCCAACGUAUAAUAUUCACUCCGUACUUGAGAGCUGGGGCUAUUUCUGGCAAUCAAAGGGCUGCCUUGUUCUGCUGCCCCUCAGCACAGGAAAUUCCAAGGUGGUUUUUCCAUACUGGCUCCUCUUGUUCUGUUUCCAGGGACACGGCCGAGGGGCCUAGGUCUCCAAGCCAACUCAAAAAAGAUGGAAUUGAAUAUUUUAACCUGCCUGUCUGGGCCCCUCUGUUGAGGGGGGUGACUUGUUACUUGGAGUGGCCUGGGCUGCCUUGGGGCUCUCUGGGUAUUUCCUUGUGCUGGCAACCCUCACCCUGUCGUUGAAAUGGUUCUGCCUGGGUAGCAGCCUCUAGGUGGUGUGGGCGAAAUCUGGGACUGGUUUAAGGAGGGGACCAGACCCAGAACACAGGUUUCCUUAUGCUACUGCCGAGGGAGGGCAGGAGGAAACUAGAGACCCCAUUCCUGCCUUAGCCACUGUCUUGCCCAGAGUCCAUGAUGGCUUGGUCCUUGGUGUUUCUCGGUGUCGUCUUGCUGUCUGCCUUCCCAGGGCCUGGUGCUGGGGGCCGCCCCAUGCCCAAGCUGGCUGACCGGAAGAUGUGUGCCGAUGAGGAAUGCAGCCACCCCAUCUCCAUGGCCGUGGCCCUUCAGGACUACGUGGCCCCUGACUGCCGUUUCUUGACCAUACACCAGGGCCAAGUGGUGUAUGUCUUCUCCAAGCUCAAGGGCCGAGGGCGGCUCUUCUGGGGAGGCAGUGUUCAGGGAGAUUACUAUGGAGACGGAGUUGCUCGCCUGGGCUAUUUCCCCAGUAGCAUCGUACGUGAAGACCAGACCCUGAAACCUGCCAAAACCGAUGUGAAGACAGAUAUAUGGGAUUUCUACUGCCAGUGAGCUCAGUCUAUGCUGUCAGUGGUGGUGUUUCUCCCCGACUUUAUGCAAAUACAUCAGCCAAGUGCAAA